AUGUCGUUCCUUCGCUUUUUGACGCUCUGGGCCAUCGCCGUCUGCUGCGUCACGGCGCAGACAUUCACCGACUGCGAUCCGCUUAAAAAAGACGACUGUCCGGCAGCGCCGGCUUUGGGUACCAACCACUCAUGGGUCUUCAAUAAGACCGUCGACGACACGAUCUGGAACGUCACCAAUGGCAGACUCUACUACACCGACGAGGGUGCCGAAUUCACAAUCAAAACGAAGCUACAAUCCCCCACGCUGCAGUCGAACUUCUACAUCUUCUUCGGAAUCGUCGAGUCCCACGUCAAGAUGGCCAAGGGUGCCGGAAUUAUCAGCAGUGUCGUGCUGCAGUCCGCCGAUCGGGACGAGAUCGAUUGGGAAUGGGUCGGCUACAACACCUCCGAGGUCCAGUCCAACUACUUCGGCAAGGGUAACGAUACGAGUUUCGACCGCGGUGGAUAUCACGGUCUGUCCAAUGCCGACACCGAAUUCCACAACUACACCACAUAUUGGUCGAAAGAGAAGAUCGAGUGGUGGCUAGACGGCGAUCUCGUGCGGACGCUGAAAUACGAAGAUGCCCUGGACGGCAAGAACUUCCCGCAAACGCCGAGCAACGUGCGAUUCGGUGUCUGGCCGGCCGGUGACUCUGGAAAUAAACAGGGAACCAUCGAAUGGGCUGGAGGUGAGGUCGACUAUGACAAGGGUCCUUACACCAUGGUGGUUAAGAAGGUGCGUGUGCACGACUUCCACACCGGCAAGGAGUACUCGUAUGGCGAUCGCUCCGGUUCGUGGGAAAGUAUAAAGGUUGCCGAUGGUAAUUCAACGACCCUCGAAGAAUUAAACAAGCCUCCACCGAAGUCCACGGCCGAGAAAUGGGCCGAGCUACCGAAGGCGGCGAGGGUCGGUAUUUACUGCGGUGCGGCGGCAGCUGGUAUCAUUCUCAUCGUCGCAUUCGUUUUCUUCUUCAUCAAGCAGCGCAAGAGAGGCCGUCUCGAACAUGCUCUCGAUGACGCCAAAUGGAACAGCGACCGGACCGAGAUGACCAACCUCCAACAAACGACUUGGAAGCAAGCCGAUUUCCGACACAAGGGCUACCAGCCGGUAGCAUAA